AUGUCUUCCAAUACAGGUGUUCCUUCAUCCGUCACGGAUGCUGUACUCGUUCAAUCAGGGGAAAUGCCAGCCAGCUCUCAAAAAGUGGAGGAGCUGGAUUUCAACAGAUUUGCCAGUAGGGCUAUCACAGUUGAUGAUUUGAUGAGUGGAAUGAACAAUAUGGGAUUUCAAGCAAGUUCUAUUGGCGAGGCUGUGAGGAUAAUUAAUGAUAUGCGCGCAUGGAGAGACCCAGAAACGUCCGCUAAAACCACCAUCUUCCUCGGCUACACCAGCAACCUCAUAUCCUCCGGCCUACGCGGCACCCUGCGCUACCUAGCCCAACACUCGCACAUCUCCGCCAUCGUAACAACAGCCGGCGGCAUCGAAGAAGACCUCAUAAAAUGCCUCGGUGACACCUACAUGGGCUCCUUCUCGACGCCCGGCGCCACCCUCCGCGCCAAAGGCAUGAACCGCAUCGGCAACCUCAUAGUCCCCAACAACAACUACUGCCUCUUCGAAGACUGGAUAGUGCCCAUCCUCGACACCAUGCUCGCGGAACAGGAAGCUAGCAAGAAGGCAGCAUCCGAAAAUGCGGAAGUCGAAGAGCUCAACUGGACGCCCUCCAAAAUCAUCGACCGCCUCGGCGCCGAAAUCAACGACGAGCGCAGCGUCCUCUACUGGGCGCACGUCAACAAAAUCCCCAUCUUCUGCCCCGCGCUCACUGACGGCUCGCUCGGCGACAUGCUUUACUUCCACACCUUCAAGACCUCACCGCUACAGCUGAAAAUCGACAUCGUCGAGGACAUCCGCAAGAUCAACACCAUGGCCGUGCGCGCCAAACGUGCCGGCAUGGUCAUCCUAGGCGGCGGCGUCGUUAAGCACCAUAUUGCUAAUGCGUGUCUGAUGCGGAAUGGUGCCGAGAGUGCGGUUUAUAUUAAUACGGCGCAGGAGUUCGAUGGGAGUGACGCAGGUGCGAGGCCGGAUGAGGCGGUCAGUUGGGGGAAGAUUAAGGUGGGGGCUGAUAGUGUCAAGGUAUACGUUGAAGCUACCGCAUGCUUUCCCCUUAUCGUCGCAGCUACAUUCGCCAAAGACAAAUGUUGCGAUAAGAGCGAGGAGAAGCCGAAAUCCACAGACAGUGAAAGUACAGCAUAA